GACCUCCCGUCUGCUUAACACCACCUCUCCACGUAAACACAAACUUCCCUUCACCAGCUAAGCCUUUCUUUCAUUCCGCAACUCCCCUUUCAGCAUCUGCCACUUCACGAUGCGUCUCCUCCUCGCUCUACUGGCAGCGGUAUCCAUCGUCGCGGCGACAAUCCUCGAAAAUGGCCAGCCCCGACUCGAGCCGUACCCCGGACACGCUCAGCUCCUAGGAUCGGAGGUCGGUGAAGGUUGGAAAACUUAUGGGGCAGAUGCGGACGAAAUAUCGUACAAAGGUAGAUGGGAUAAGGAUCAUGUUUCUUGGUGGUCGGCUGCCGGAAUCAAAUUCGCUUUUACUGGGAAGAAGCUCGCAUUGAGCUUCGGUAACCAUACUUCUGAUGGUGUUUUGGUUGCCUAUCGAAUCGGAGGCCAGGAUUGGGAGUUCGCGAAUGUCACUGCAAACAAUUCUUAUCAAUUCGUUGGGCCUUGGACAACCGGUGUCAAUUUGACCGAGGCAGCUGGGCACAAAACUUUCGAACUCAGAGUGACAAACUGGGCCUAUGGAGUGCAGUUGGCUGGUGUCGCAGUUGACCGAGGUGCCGCCUUGUACAACAUACAACCGUUCCCGAAGAUGGUUGAGGUCAUUGGCGAUUCCUUGAGCUCGGGUGAUUUUGCAACGUAUGAAGGCCUGUCUUCUUGGGCGUACCUCUUUGCUGCCGGACUGGGCAACGUUGAGUAUCAUCUCACAGCAUACCCAGGAAUUUGUUUGGUCGAUCAAAACUGUUGGGGGAACCCCAGGGGCCAGAUACACCAAUGGUACAGGGUUAGCGAUACAUCCCCGCGGGCUGCCGAGAUCCACGGAGAAGAUCCGCCGGAAUGGGACUUCAAGGCACAGCAACCCGCAGAUCUUGUUGUCAUUAACAUUGGAACAAACGACAAUAAUGAAGCGAACAAUGUAUCCAGUAUCGACUACUACAAUGACUAUGUGAAGCUGGUGGGCGACGUUCAUAGGAUAUGGCCAGACGCUCAGAUCGUUCUUAUGUCUCUGUGGGGCGGCUUCGGCGCUUCUGGUGAUACAUACGUCCAAGGCCCACUGUUCGUGAAGGAGAUCCGCAACGUCUACGAGUCGUUCCAGGAUAAUGGAACUUUCGUCCACUAUUUCGACACUACUGGCAUACUGCAGCAGAACGAUAUAGGGCCGAUGUGGCAUCCAACGGACGUCGGCCAUAUCAAGAUCGCGGCGCACUUUAUGCAGUGGGUUAAGAUCAAGUUUGGAUGGGAGAUGGAGGCUACGGGGCCAAUGGUGCAUAGUGGAACGCUUUACUGGAAUGAUCAGGAGAACUACUGAUCUUAUAUCGUAUUUACCAUCUCGUUCGCCAUAUCGGGCCGAUCGAAUUGACAUGCAGUGAAUGUCAUAGUACGAAGAAUUGAAACAACGGUUAUCAAACAUAUCCCCAAGUGCUCCCUAUAGCUUUGCCCUAUCUCCGCAGAGCGUCUGAGACAGAGUUGAUAAAGUCAAUUCCAUCCUUCCUCCACGUGUCGGGCUCCAUAUGGGUUCCGUUUGCAUCGAGGACCAAAUCUACUG